AUGGAGAUGAUGCGUUCUCUGCGUCACGUCAACAUCGACCAUCUGCAUGUGGGCUGGUACCAGUCCACCUAUUACGGCUCCUUUGUCAGCCGAGCUCUGCUAGACUCCCAGUUCAGCUACCAACACGCCAUCGAAGAGUCAGUCGUGCUCAUCUAUGACCCCAUCAAGACGGCUCAGGGCUCCCUGUCUCUCAAAGCCUACAGACUUACGCCAAAACUCAUGGAGAUCUGCAAAGAGAAAGAUUUCACUCCAGAGGGCUUAAAGAAGGCGAGCAUUGGCUUCGAGAAUAUGUUCGAAGAGGUGCCUAUUAUCAUCAAGAACUCCCAUCUCAUCAGCGUGCUGAUGUGGGAGUUGGAAGACAAAUCCACCGUCGCCGACAAGCACGAACUACUCAACCUCUCCAGCAGCAACCACUUGGAGAAGAGCCUUCAGCUGCUGAUGGACAGGGUGGAUGACAUGAGCCAAGAUAUUGUCAAAUAUAACACCUACAGCCGCAACCUGAGCAAGCAGCAGCAGCAGAAGCACCAGUACGUCCAGAGGCGGCAGCAGGAAAACGUCCAGCGACAGAGCAGAGGGGAGCCCCCCCUGCCCGAGGAGGACAUCACCAAAAUGUUCAAGCCCCCUCAGCCACCACCACGCAUGGACACACUGCUCAUUGCAGGGCAAAUUAACAACUACUGCCAGAAUGUGAAGGAGUUCACCUCUCAGAACCUUGGGAAGCUGUUCAUGGCAGAGGCUCUGCAAGGCCACAACUAG